UUAAUGCCAUAGUUGUAUAAAUCAGCUUUUACUUCCUCUUCCGGAGUGAAUAUAUUUGUUGAACUCUGCAAGUGGAUCGUGUGUGGUUAUCAUGGGCAUAAACUCCAUUUCGCUACUGUCACACUCAACAGUAUAGUUCUAACAGUAUCGACAUUUGCAUGUGUACAGUGGAAAGACUUGUUUUUCUUCAGAGGUGACGCAAAUGCUGUGCGCCGUCCUGGGUCACUCCGAGAAUAUUUGGCCAGGUAUUUGUCAUCUACAUGGGAAUGGGGGACAUGAAGACACCAGAUUUCGAUGACCUACUGGCAGCAUUUGACAUUCCAGACAUUGAUGCCAAAGAAGCAAUUCAGUCUGACACCGAUGGUAGUCAUAAUGAACACAGUGGUGCUGUUGGAAAGGAGAGAAGUGGAAGUCCAUGCCUAAGACCCCCAGACAGCCCUGAGAGUCCUAACAAUGACCCCUCCAUGGUCAGUGUGAUUGUAAAAAACAGUGUACAUUCUGAUGACAAAACUGAAGGGGAUAUAACUGGAGACUUUCUUGGUGUAGAUGCAUCACAUGAGUCUCCCCAGAAAGGUCCCAGAGAAGAUGACCUGAUGCCUUCAGAUUCAUUCAUCUAUAAUGGACUCAAAACAAUCUCAGAUGGGGCUACAGAACCCUCUCAAUCACCAACUCUAACCCAGAUGCAGACCAAUGGGCCACUUUGGUCUCUCUCUUCCUCUAGAGUAACUAAUGAUGACAACCAGGAUGGCACUUCUCCUAAACACCCUGCUAGCACUUUCUCCCCGCCUCAGUCUUUACCCCUGACUGAUCCUCCCAUCUUAUCUUCACAUUCAAUUAGUUCAAAUUUCCCCCUCAGAGUUGAUUGUGAGGCAGCACAACCAUUAAAUGGCACUUUGAGGGCAGGAGUCCGCCGCCAUUUAUCUGAAGAUGAAGAAUCUGAACCAGACCUCGGCAGCCCUGCACUCGUCAUACAGGAGAGCCCGGAUUCCCAGCUGUGCUCUGCUCCCAAGGUACCACGAAUGCAGCGGUCCCCUUUAAGUGUGUUUCAGCUGCCCUCUCCCUCGUCCCCUUCCUUACCAGUAAGUAACACUCAAAUUGAGGAGCCCUCUGUCCAGCCUCCAACACUUUUACAAAGCAGUGUCAACCCAACGUCAAUGACCUCCAAAAAUGAUUUGCCAGCUGAAGAAAAAGACCUUGAGCACAUAAUCGAGGAGCGAGAUUCUCCUGAGAGCCCUGAGCCAGAAAUCCCUCAACCUUAUAUAUCUCUGCCCUCAAAUCAGCUCGGAGCCAAUGAGCCAGAAAAGAAGGAGAGAAGAGAAGAAGCCCCUCAAGAUCAAGUUAUUGACAUGAGCGUAAGUGUGCAGGAGAAGAGCGGUCUUCACACAAAAAAAGAUGAUGAUGGAGCUGAGGAGACAGAAGAGAAAUCUACGGAGCCUAGUUUGGUAGAUUCAGCCUUUGAAGGUGUCACCAACUCAAGCAAGACCUCCGCCAAGCCUCUCAAAGUGAAAAUCAAGAAUGUCAAAGCGUAUGCCGGUAACAUCACACGUACGGUAUCUAAAGUGGUUCCCAAAGGUCCUGGUGGCUCCAAAGUUCGAGCAGGGGCCCGUAAGCCAGUCCACAGGAUUCAGAGAUCUGGCGCUGCUCCUCAAGGACCACCUCAGGUGACAAUGUUGCCCGUGUCCACCCUUCAGGAUGCCAGCACAGCUAUGUUAUUUGCAGCCAGCAGGGCACAGAAUCAACUGGCCACCACUCUCUCUGCCACUGCAGUCAACAUCACUAGAACGUCAACCCUGCCAUCCAUCUCUUCAUCCAUGCCUGGGGCUAACAUUCGCUCUCUGGCGCAGAAAACGAUGAAUGGGAACCCUGGGACAGCCAAACCAGCCUCCAUUGUGAACAGCCCAGGAGCUGUAAUCUCACGCAGCCAGUCUAGCCUCGUCGAGGCCUUCAACAAAAUCCUCAACAGUAAGAAUCCACUGCCAAGUUAUCAGCCGGACCUCUCCACCAUGCCUCCCCUUGAAUGGGGUCUUCGAUUGCCCUCAACGGGAUAUCGUUGCCUUGAGUGCGGGGAUGCGUUUGCCCUGGAGCGCAGCUUGGCGAGGCACUAUGAUCGGCGCUCUAUGAGGAUUGAGGUGACCUGUAACCACUGCUCCAAACGCCUGGCCUUCUUUAAUAAGUGCAGCCUGCUGCUCCACGCACGAGAGCACAAGGAGAAGGGACUGGUUAUGCAGUGUUCACACCUCGUCAUGAGUCCUGUCAGUGUGGAGCAGAUGAUUGGCCAGCAGGAGACCGUGCCUAUAGGUAUGCUCUCUCCUGCGCUGCCUGCCCUUAAAGAAAGUGGUGGCCAACUGUCACAACCUUCUGAUAACAGCUGUCCAGAGUGUUGGAGUCCAUUCAAAGGCAAGGCAGAAAUAGCAGCACACUUUCAAGAGGUGGAUCCUGGUGUCACUGACAUGUGUUGUAUGCAGUGUUCUCCUCCAAUGCCACUGUGGAACUCAUGCAGUGCUGCAACUCACCGCCGGUUACAUCAGCAGCUCCCUCCACUGGUUUGCCCUGAAUGUGGUGUCAUCUGUCAGCUUCAUGACCUCAACACCCACCUGAAUCAAACCUGCCUGCACUACUCACGUCGCCUUGGAUAUAGAUGUGCCUGUUGUCAUUUGGUGUUUGGAGGAGUGAAUAGUCUGAACGCUGUAAAGACUCACAUGCAGACGGCUCACUGUGAGGUCUUCCAUAAAUGCCCCUCCUGCCCCAUGGCUUUCAAGUCUUCCUCUGGUGCUGAAACCCACUGUACCUCCCAGCAUCCUGAACUCCCUGAGACGGCUAGACAGUCCAAGGAGAUCUAUAAAUGCGUGAUGUGUCGGACUGUUUUUACUCAGAAGGCAUUGCUCAGUGUCCAUUUUGACACUCACUUAGCUAAGCAGAAGAUGCACGUCUUUAAAUGCCCUGACUGUAACAAGCUCUUCACGCAGAGAAGUUCUCUCCUUGAGCAUGUUAAGGAUUCUCACAAGGACAUUUAUGACACAUCGGCACAGAACAACUUGGUAAAGAUGGAUAGCUCAGAUGGGGAGGAGUGGGGGCGGGAUGAAGACAGAGGAAGAGUGUCAAGAGAGGAUGGGAACUCCGCUGCUCCACAUAUCCAGAGCUGGAGCUGCUCACAGUGCCAGAAGCGCUACAAAGAGAAAGAGAGCUACAUCACCCAUAUGUCCGAGCAGCAUGGCAAGGAGCUGAAGAAGUUUCCAUGCACUCUUUGUGAAGGCUCCUUCUCGUCAUCCUCAAGUUUAAGACGUCACAUUCGUGUCAAACACAAAGGAAUCAAAAGAGCUUUUUAUUGCCAACUUUGUACAGGUGGGAAGAGGAGUUUCAGCAGUAAGCUGAUUCUUGAGAAACAUAUUGAGGCUCAGCAUGGUGGAGACAGACGAGCAGCCAAACAAAGUCAGGCAGUUCCUCAAAUCACAGAUGCAGCUGACAGCUCAUCGGAGCACGAUGGUAGUGCUUUGGGCGGGGCCUCAGUUGAAGCAGAAAGCCAAUUGGCUGAGAGCAGCCUGACCAGACAUAGCAAAAAGGCUAAAGAGGAGCAGGAAGCCACGGGAUUUCGCUGCAUGCCGUGUGGUUUUACCACAGAGGACAGGGAGGAAUUUCUCCAGCAUAUUGUCAGUCACCGUGACGGGGGCAGCACCUGUCAGUGUCAGCAGUGCGGGGCGUGUUUCGCUUCCGCCUCCUCCCUCAGCAGGCAUCUCUUCAUCAGCCAUCGCGUGCGGGAUUCCCCCUCCGAUCACACCGAGGCGUCUCCGGUCACUGGUUUAACUUCUGGACAUGUGACCUCUGACUCUGCAAUUGCAGCAGGGUCCCCGGGGUCACCAUCGAGUGUAGGGGGGACACAGGUAGAGGAUGGGGAAGAUUCAAAUCAGGAAACUUGCUGAAUAGUUGCUGAUCUUUAGAAUGAGAACGAAAUAAGUGCCUUCUUCAUUUAGUCUUAAGAUUCUUUAAGACAAGAUUACACUUAAAGGCCUCAGAUGAUCAUUUCCUCACUGGGAGGAAUUUGUUGUGUGUGUGUGUGUGUGAUGGAGUUAAAAAUUUAUAUUUUUUAUGUUUGUGCUGGACUUAUGUUUUAUUGGUGCCUUACACAUUGUCUUCUGGUUUUCUUUGUAAAGAUGAUUAAUAGAGCUUUGUUGUAAUGUAACCUCUUGCAUUCUCCCUUUUUUGGUUGUUUCAUAUCGAUUUUGUUGAGAUAAAUAAAAAAAAAACAAUAAUGGCUAAAUCA